AUGGCGGCAGUGGUGGAGGUGGAGGUUGGAGGAGGUGCUGCUGGGGAAGUGGAGCUGGAUGAGGUUGAUAUGUCAGACCUGUCCCCAGAAGAGCAAUGGAGGGUCGAGCAUGCACGCAUGCACGCCAAGCACCGUGGCCACGAAGCCAUGCACGCCGAAAUGGUUCUCAUCCUCAUUGCCACCUUGGUGGUGGCCCAGCUACUCCUCGUGCAGUGGAAGCAGAGGCAUCCCCGUUCCUACAAUAUGGUGACCCUCUUUCAGAUGUGGGUUGUUCCCCUCUAUUUCACAGUGAAGCUGCAUUGGUGGAGGUUCCUAGUCAUCUGGAUCGUGUUCUCUGCCAUUACUGCCUUUGUGACCUUCCGAGCCACCAGAAAACCUCUAGUACAGACAACCCCAAGGUUGGUUUAUAAGUGGUUCCUGCUGAUCUAUAAAAUCAGCUAUGCCACUGGCAUCAUUGGCUACAUGGCUGUCAUGUUUACUCUCUUUGGUCUUAACUUACUAUUCAAAAUCAAGCCAGAAGAUGCCAUGGACUUUGGCAUUUCCCUCCUCUUUUAUGGCCUCUACUAUGGAGUUCUUGAGCGGGACUUUGCAGAGAUGUGUGCAGACUACAUGGCAUCUACCAUAGGGUUCUACAGUGAGUCGGGCAUGCCUACCAAGCACCUUUCGGACAGCGUGUGUGCCGUGUGUGGGCAGCAGAUCUUUGUGGAUGUCAGUGAAGAGGGAAUCAUCGAGAACACGUAUAGGCUGUCCUGCAAUCACGUAUUCCACGAGUUCUGCAUCCGCGGCUGGUGCAUUGUGGGCAAGAAGCAGACGUGUCCCUACUGCAAGGAGAAGGUAGACCUAAAGAGAAUGUUCAGCAACCCCUGGGAGAGACCACAUGUCAUGUAUGGGCAACUGUUGGAUUGGCUUCGGUACCUGGUAGCCUGGCAGCCAGUCAUCAUUGGCCUGGUACAAGGCAUCAACUACAUCCUGGGCCUGGAAUAGUUAGGAAGAAGGAGCAUCACAGGAGAACCCACCCACCCACCAUGGACCUUAGGGCACUAUCCUUCCUGCCCACAAAGCAUCCUGGGUGGGAAAGACUCACAGGGGCAGUUGGGCCACUCAGGAUCCCCUCUGGCUGUGUCUGGACUGGGGAGGGUUAUAAUGGAGAGCCAGCCAGUGGGCUGCCAGCAGUUGGGGGCUUUUUAAAAGAAAACUAUUUUGAUGAAUAUAUUUAAAAAAAAACCCCAAAACCUUUUUUUAUUGUGGAGCAUAUAAAUUGCCCCCAACUCCUCUAGGCCUAACUCUUCUGCUUGUGCAGAACCACUUUUUUUUUGGUGUGAAGGGGCCUCAUCUCUGAGAUCACUGGUAGGUUCUCAAGUAGCUGA